CAGCGGGACAUUUAAACCAGCAGAGCGGAGGCUGACUUAAAGCGUGUUUAAUAGACAGCGAGUAGGAUAUUUUCAAAGAGUUUGGCUUUUAUUUGCGUUUUAUAAUUUGAAAUGGCGCUUCGUUUGACCAGAAAUUCCCAGCUGAAUGCUGAAAACAGGACCGCUCUGGCAGGAAAAGGAGCUGUCGCCUCGAAGCCUGGAUUGAGGCCGAGGGCUGUGCUGGGAGACCUGGGAAAUAAAGGGCCUGUGGCAAAACCAGCUCUUAAGAAGGAUGUAAAACCUGCCGCUACCAAAGCGGUUAAGAAAAAAACCAGCAAGUCUGAAAAUGCCCCCGAAACACUGGUGCCAAAGAGAACUGUAGCCAAGCAGACCAGUGAAGCGUGCGCCAAGGUCCAGCCUCCAUCCCCAACCCCAAUGGAGAUAUCAGGCUGUGCACCUGAGGAGGACUUGUGCCAGGCCUUUUCAGAUGUGCUGCUGAAUAUCAAGGAUGUUGAUUCAGAUGAUGCUGAGAACCCAAUGCUCUGCAGUGAAUAUGUGAAGGACAUCUACAACUACCUAAGACAGGUUGAGGUGGAACAAGCAGUUAGGCCGAAGUACCUGCAGGGACAAGAAGUUACUGGAAACAUGCGGACUAUACUGAUUGACUGGCUUGUGCAAGUCCAGAUGAAAUUCCAGCUGCUUCAGGAGACCAUGUAUAUGACUGUUGGAAUAAUUGAUCGCUUUCUUCAGGCUAAUCCAGUGCCCAAGAAGAUGCUGCAGCUUGUUGGUGUGACUGCUAUGUUGCUGGCCUCCAAAUAUGAAGAGAUGUAUCCUCCAGAGAUUGCAGACUUUGCGUUUGUUACCGACCACACUUACACCACGGCUCAGAUCAGAGAGAUGGAAAUGAAGAUCCUGAGGGUGCUCCAUUUUGGCUUUGGCCGUCCAAUUCCCCUGCAGUUUCUGAGAAGAGCUUCCAAGAUUGGAGAAGUAACUGCAGAGCAGCACACCUUGGCUAAAUAUCUAAUGGAGCUGACAAUGGCAGACUAUGACAUGGUGCACUAUCCCCCAUCCCAGAUUGCUGCUGCAGCAUUUGCACUGACAUUGAAAGUUCUAGACUGUGGUGAAUGGACACCCACUCUGCAGCAUUACAUGAACUAUACAGAGAGCUGUUUGAUUCCUGUGAUGCAGCACAUGGCUAAAAAUGUUGUGAAGGUCAACGAAGGACUCACAAAGUACAUGGCUGUGAGGAACAAGUAUGCAAGUCAGAAGCUAAUGAAGAUAAGCAUGAUUCCUCAUCUGAAGUCUGCAGUAAUCAAGGAUCUAGCUAAACCUCUACUGUCUUAAUGUUUGAGACAGUUUAUCUUUAAUUAUAUUGGCACUGUGUGCUUUUUUUACAAUUUUAACCAGAGUAAUCCAUGGUAUUCAAAUAUCGGUUCCAGAAGUCUCAUUUUCAACUGUAAUAAAAUAAGCCAUUUCAAAUGCAGUAAAUCUCCAUCUUGUAUUUAUACCAGUCCAAGCUGGAGGCCUACUAAAUGUACUUGUUAUCCUCUCCAGUAGUAAAUGUUCUUAAUGUAAUCUAAUGCUGCUUUUUUUUAACUAAUCCUGCUUUCUAAUAAAGUUUUAGUAGCUACA